GCGGCGCUAUGCGUGCCGGCAUCGAACCAUGACGCCUCGCACUGGGCGCUGGACGCCUGCAGCCACCGUUGCGUGCGCCCUCUAAGGACACGUAGCCGCAGAUAGCUUCUUCGGUUUGGCGACCACCGCAGCUGUUUGAGCGCUCCCGCCCCCGCCUGUCGUCGUCACCAGCGGUGACGCCACACCUCGUGCGGACGACGCGACGGUUGCGUCACUUCCGGGGGUGUGUGCCGGGUCCCGACCAGUGAGCUGCGCCGGGAGCGCGAUCGAAGCGUGGACCCUUCAAUAGCAGAGCGAGCAGGGAGCCGCGCCGCCGACACGCCCUCUAUUUCUGGAGCGCCGGGACACGCGUGCUGGCCGCCGCCGCUCCCCCGCCAAACCCGAGCGAGCAGCCGACGUCCCCCCUCCUUCCUCUUCUUCCUCGUCGACGGCUGCCGGCUUGUUCGCGUCACCGUUGGCACCACGAUCUGCGUACAACCCUGGCGUGAUCCGCGGACGCCGAAUCUUGGCUGCCAACGCUGUCCUCACCCAACCUGCCCUUUCAGACACCCCGAAGAGCCGGAAACGCGACACUGCUGCGUGGGGACCAAGAUGACAAUCAAGGAGAACUUGAUAACCAUGGUGAAGUACGUAUCACCGAACCUGCGGCUACUCCCUCUCAAGAUGCACAUGUUCCUAUACUUCGGGGCGGUGGUGGGCGUGAUGCCCUUCACGACCGUGCUGGCCAAGCAGCUGGGCAUAUCUGCCGCGCUGGCCGGGCUGGUCAACACGACCCUGCUGUUUCUGUCUAUUCUCAUGCGGUUCGCCAUCGGCUCGCUUACGGACAAGGUGCAGCAGCUCAAGGUCGUCCUUAUCGCCAUCAUCAGCGUGGAGAGCUUCUUCCAUUUCCUGCUCAUUUUCGUGCCGCCCAUCAAGCCGAGCACGAUCGAUAUCGGCGUCCCAGCUCCCGAGAGCGUUAUCCAGAACGACACCAGGCUCCUCUGUUUCUCCCACAAGUACAUCGACGACUGCCAGUCGUACAGCCCCGAGCCGUGCCACAUGCGCUGCUUCUACUCGGCGGCGGCUCAUGAGAACGGCAGCGACGGCGGCGGUGGCAUGCGAGACAUCGCGUUUCCCUUCAACUGCAGCCUCAUGUGCCACCAGACGCAGUGGUGCCUGCCGGCGGACGAACUGGCCGGUGAAACCAACGGCUCCGCUUUCCUGGAGGCCGCCGAGAAGUCGUGCACGGUGAGCUGCCUGUCGGUCGCGCAGCCGAACACGAUGAGCACGUCCACCUUCUGGAUGUUCGCCGUGUUUCGCGUGCUGGGCGGCACCGCGUUCGGCGUCGGAAUCUCGCUCGCCGACGCCGCGGCGUACGCCAUGCUGCGCGACCGCAAGGAGGACUACGGCAAGCAGCGGCUCUGGGGCACCAUCGGCUGGGGCGCGCUGGCGCCGCUCAUCGGCUACCUCAACGAGAUCGCCACGGGUGGCUCGCCCUACAUCGACUACAGCCCCGGCUUCUACAUGCUGGCCGCGUUCACGCUCAUGGAUGUGGUCAGCCUGUGCUUUUUGGACGUCCCCCGCUCUGCGACGUCCAAGCAGCUGCUCAAAGACCUGAGCGAGGUGCUGGUGAACCCGCGCGCGCUCUUUUUCACCUUCUCGGUGCUCAACAUGGGCUUCCUCAUGGGCUUUGUCUGGAGCUACGGGCUGUGGUACCUCCAGGAUUUGGGCGCCACGCCCACCUUGCUGGGCGCCAACCUGGCGGUGCAGUGCUUCGGCGGCGAGGUGCCCGUGCUCUUUUUCUCGGGCUGGAUCAUCAAGCGCAUCGGGUACGGCAACGCGGUCAGCCUGUCCAUUGCGGGCCUGAGCCUGCGGCUGGCCGUGUACAGCUUCGGCACCGACCCCUGGUCCAUGCUGCCCAUCGAGGUGACGCACGGCCUGUGCUUUGGCCUGUUCUACGCCGCCAUGACUUCGUACGCGAGCACAGCGGCGCCGCCCGGCACCGAGGCCACAAUGCAGGGCAUCCUGGGAGGCACCUUCGAAGGGCUCGGUAUAGCCAGCGGCACACUUGUUGCUGGCCAACUCUACACUGAGGUCGGCGGCCGGCAGACCUGUUACAUCUAUUUCAUCUACAGUAUCGUCUUCCUGGUAUUCCACGUUGCGAUUGAGAUGAUCUUCUCCAUCAGGGAGUCCAGACGUGCAUCUGUGCUGAGCGACUCUCAGGAACCGGAACCGGUAACGGACCAAGACCCCGUGCUGACGAUGGAUGGUCGGCGGACUGAUGACUCCCGCAGUUGUAAGGACGAGGAGGAAGAGGACGAGGUCGUUUGAAUGGCGUCGCUACGGGACGCUGCUCGGUGUGUCGGCCCUGUACAGCCGGCCACGAACCUCUAACUGUGCGUCACACCCUUACGACGCCUGUGCGAGAGGGAUCUUCUCGCCUUCUGAAGGCGUCCUCUCCCACAGUGCAGGGCGCGCGGGCUGUGCGAGGCACGGUCUCGCGCGCCACCUUUAUGCCGCCGCUGACGGCAGAGUUCUGUCGGCGGCUGGGCACCUCUAAUAAGCCGGCAUUUUGUUGCGCGUCGUUUCGUAUGUUUUUAAGUGUUGCUGCAUUUCAGCAUAAAGCGUAUGAUUCUUACUAGGAACUUUUAUAUAUUUUUGGUUGGGCACGACUGUGCGUUCACGGUGCACUGCCGAAUAUGUCAGCGCAGGCUCCGUUCUAAUGCGCAAGCGAGGAGACGAGUUAAAGAAACGACCUGAUGUAAUUCGCUUUGAUUGCUUGUUGUCCUGCUGGGAAUAGCCAUCUUAUGGUAUAAACUUAGUCCUUCGUACCUUCCAAGUCAGAGCUUAUUUCUCCGGACCCUGUUUUUUGUUACAAGUUAGACAACUUCGUGAGUGAAGCUUGGUAAUGAGGUGGCUAUCGACAUCGUCAACUGGCUAUUUGGCAUUACUCAAAUGCCUCCGCAGCUUUAUAGAAACUAGAACGUCCGAGGAACGAUAAUGGGAAUAAUGAUCACGUGAUGUCUUGAGAAUGGUGAUUACGAAUGAUGAGGAGCCUUAAGUAAAUCAUUUUAUUGUUUUCACCGAUAACUGUUCUUAAUUUUUACUGUUUCUUACACCAGCAACUAUUCUGUAGAUCUCACUGCUAGCUAAUUUAGCGCGUUCAGCAGAGGCAUGUACCUGCGGCUAACGCUGUAGUACUACACGCUGAAGAAAAGUGCACAGCGGACUAUCUGUGAUCCUCUUGUCUCACGUUAUAGAGUGUGUGUUUGAGCCACUUCAUUCCUAUGCGUGUUACUGUUCGAUGAAUGAAGAUCUAGCAUUUACCGCGUAUGGUAAUCAUUUAUAACGGACUUGUACGCCGAAAGACAUCCUGACUCUCUGUCAUUCAAAGCACACAGUAAAGAAACGAAGCGGAGGACUUGUCUAAAGCAUUACUGUCAAAUACUUUUUAUCAUUGCUUUGAACUGAGACAACUGUGCACGCUCGACCUUCUUCAGCUGUCAACCUUAUUCUAAGCGCGAAGUAAAACUUUUCUGUUACUCACUUAUUUGGUGCUCUUUGGCCAGGUCUGGCCCUGUGCCAUUAAAGCACACCAUAAUCAUCAGAAUUUCCUGUUGAGCAGCCAUAAUGGUCUAUUCUUAAUCAGUAUUGUUACUUGUCACCCCAGAUUGCGAAGCACAGUGAGGCUUCAUUAUUUUUACAGUAUAACCAUAUUUUUAAGCAUUACGCUGCUUAACAUCGGCGUACGUAGUCUGUAAAAAGCUGUAAAAUACUCCCUGAACACAUUUAAAAGAGACUCUUAAGACAGCGUUCGCCUAAAGCUUAUGCAAAACGGAAACACGUAGAGAUUAUAUCGAAAUAUUUUGCAAUCCUUCUUUAAACGGAGAAGUUAUUUGACACUCGAUAAACUCUCGUACUUCCCUACAUUAUAAUAUACUGUCCCUAUUUCAAGGCACGCUAUCCUUAUAGUGGAGCUCUCGUUCAAGUUGUCGUCAAGACGCAUUAGUUACGGCGUGAACGACGGUGCAACAAAGAAUCCGGAUUCCAGCCAAAUCCUGCAACGUAAAUAUUGACCAGCGCCCGGCGUUGGUAUUACCUGCUUAUCAUUGCUAUACAUAGUGCCACGGCAGUCGCCACUCCAGACAAUCUGUCACAUUGCAAGCAUAUCGCGCUUCGUUGUCAUACAGCUGUGAAUACGAGACGCUCAAAUUUCUUUGGUUGUGAACUGAUGUCACAUUUUGUUUCGGGGCGUGCAGUUGCCGACGCUUUCGUCACCACGAGAGCGCAGCACUUACUGCACAGCCGAAUCCCGCUUUCUUAGUCUUAUUUACACUUCGUUUUUAUUGGUAGCAUUUGCAGUUUUACAGUUGCGCGUACAGUUUUAACGAAACACUCUUAACCGUGUGUCUGUGUGCGUGUGUGCAAACUUGCGCGUGUAUGAGUGUGCGUUGUGAUCAGGGUGUUGUCGAAGCAUGAGAUGAGUUGGUUAUAAUGUACACUUUGCACAACAUAGCGUUUUCAAUACUUUUGGCAUUGUGUAGCCUCGCUUACUUCCUCAAUAGCGUCAAAGUACAAGUAUAGCAUGCUUUUACUCAACGUGGCUAACGUUCCUGGGGUCAAGCAAGCUUGUGAUAACCACGCUCCUACAUUGUGUGCACCAUUAUUCUUUUCUUAAUAAAACGAAUGAAGAUGUGCACUUAUAGUUUUGCCUUGCACACUCUUACAAUGCUGUGAGGACUGGCAAAUUUUUUUUAUACGACACUAGGGCGCAGCGUUAAUCAGUUUCCACGAGGCACAUCCACACGGUCGAUGAAUUUGUUAUCCCUUCGCGUGGUGUGCUGAAUCUGUUAGCGACCGCACAAUGCGGAUGUUCCGCCCGUCCCUUAGCAAAUGUGCAGCGUUCAUACCGAGGUACUGACCACUGUGGGGGCCUGUAGGUAGUGCAUGUGAUUUUUGCUGCUCGAUUAGGAUUUUGUUUUGAGAGAUCCAAGGCUCAAUCUGCCGACAGCGGACACUGCAAAGUGUUGGUCAACCCAUGUUUCUUAUAUAUAGAAACGUUUAGUGAACUCUAGCACAUUGUGAAAGUAAGGAGCCGAAUGCGUUCCACAUCUUAAGGUCGCAAACUUCAGUGUGCGCUUUUUUCUCGCGUGAAUAAGGAAGUUGCACAGGAAGAUUGAGGAGCUAUGCAGGUUUCGCUGAGAAUUGCUGCAGCAUAUAGGGUGAUUAAAGACCCGCAGACACCACUUUGAAAUCAUUAGCCUGUAAAUACAGGCUCAUAGUUGCAACGGACUCUGAACCCGGUAAUGCAUGGCGCAGACAUUGUGCAUGUCGUAUAGGCGCCGUGCACCUGACUGCUGCGCAUGCGCUCUGAUUGAGACCCUAUGUGAGGCGUGCUUGGAUAAAUUUAACGCUAAGAGUACAGUGGCGUAAUAUGACGUUCUUAACAGCGUAAAUGCCGCUUCAGCACACGGCGACUACGAACUGCAUAUCGUGCUAAGCACAAGGGCGCUGUUCUUGCGGACCGAGUCGGGUCACCACCGUUAUGAUGCAAUUAUCACGUGACACUUUCAGUAGCCGGGACUUCACUCCCAUUCUUGACCUUUUCUAUUUAUUCCACACUCCUCAUUCCUCUCCUCUACCGCGCUGCGAAGGGGCGUGAAAGAAAAGAAUCUCGCUCGCUUAAGGUGUCGUGCAUGGUGUACUAUAGUGCGGAGCCACGGUAAAAUGGAGCCGCGCCUUUCUUUGAGCGGAUAGGCUGGUGUUAUUGCGGGUGUACUUAUAUAAUUAGUGCAUGCUUGCGCAGAAUUGAUCCCUUAUCACAAUUUUUUUCUCCUAUAGCACGCCAGCGAGUGUGUGUGUGGUUAUUUUCAGGCCACCUCCUAUGACGGUAACGUGCAUGGGCGCGCCACUCCUGCUUCCCAGCUGUAUACGCUGCUUAAACGCGCAGCACUUGCUCAAUUGACAUCUAGAAGGUGCAAUUGCGGGAGUGGUACAGCGUUGGCGUCAGCUAUGAGAGAUCGAAUAUGGGACUUCCAACAGUCGUGAAUUUUGUGGCCACUCCUGACAUAUGUUCGUUCUCUGCAAGAUAAAGUAAUGCGUCUGCAUUGUGGUUCUAAGUUCGUAAAGUCGGGUCUUGUUUGCAGUUCUCGUGUGAAUAUGGCACAGAAAUGAUCUCGAAAGAUGUUCGACCAUACUCUACAACUCUUCUUGCCCUGUGUAUGUGGUAGUUGGCUGCCGAGUGUUGGAAUGGCGCCUUGCGCACAGCCGAGUAAAAUACACGUGCCUAUCGUAUCGUCUACGUACAACUUGGACCAGCAGAGCGGCUGUGUCGUUUGUGGGAGGUACCUUUCCGAGAUGCGUGUGGUCACGAAGUCCUGCGGCGAACUCUUCGCUCGAAAGUGUUUGUACACAAUAAACUUUCGUUUCUUUUUUUAUG